AUGGCGAUAGCACGUCCAAUUCGCAUGCUGGGUGCGGCAUGCAUCCUGCUGACUCUCUUUCUCGUUUUCAAUCUACGCAAUGAGUCCCAAAACCCGACUUCGAAACUUACCCACGGCAUGACCAGGGACCCUCUGCUUGAUCCCACGGGUGAACCGGCAGGAAAUCUCUGGCGCGCGGAGGAUCACGACUACCAGCCAAACAGCGACAAGUCUGCCCGUACCAAUGCCGCCCUUAUCUCCCUCGUCCGUAACGAAGAGCUGAACGACAUGAUCAGCACGAUGCGUGAUCUCGAGCGCACCUGGAACAACAAGUUCAACUACCCCUACAUUUUCUUCAACGACAAGCCUUUCACCGAGGAGUUCAAGCAGCGGACCCAGGCCGAGACCAAGGCCAAAUGUCAAUACGAAUUGGUCCCGAAGGAACACUGGGAUGUGCCCAAAUGGAUCGAUGAGGAACUGUUCAAGGAAUCGGCCCAGAUUCUGCUGGAGGAAAACAUACAGUAUGCGGAUAAAAUCUCCUACCACCAAAUGUGCCGCUGGAACAGCGGCAUGUUCUACAAGCAUCCCGCUCUGGAGGGUUAUCGCUACUACUGGCGCAUCGAGCCCAAGGUCCAGUUCUUCUGCAAUGUCGAUUAUGACGUUUUUCGCUACAUGGAGGACAACAACAAGACCUAUGGCUUCACGAUCAACCUCUACGACGCUCCUCAGACGAUCAAAACACUGUGGCCCGAGACCAAGAAAUUCCUCGCAGCGAACCCCAGCUAUUUGAGCGAGAACAACAUGAUGGACUGGAUCACCGACGAUGUUGUCCGUCCCGAACACAACAAGAUCGCCAAUGGAUACUCCACUUGCCACUUCUGGUCCAACUUCGAGAUCGGUGACUUGGACUUCUUCCGUGGUGAGAAGUAUGAUAAUUACUUCCAGUUCCUGGAUCGUGCCGGAGGUUUCUUCUAUGAGCGAUGGGGCGAUGCCCCUGUUCACUCGUUGGGUGUCGGUCUGUUUGCGAAUGCCGCCAACGUGCAUUGGUUCCGCGAUAUCGGUUACAACCAUAUCCCCUACUACAACUGCCCCAACUCGCCUAAGUGCUCUGGCUGUACCCCAGGCAAGUCCUACGCUGGCGCGGACUGGCUUCAGAAGGAGGACUGCCGCCCGACUUACUUCAAGUAUGUUGGGACGCACUGA